AUGGACAGUAGAAGCCACUCUAGUCCACCAGAUACAUUCCCUGUCUUCUCUGAUUCUGCCCACUUGCCGCUAGCCAGGUCCUUCUACCUGGACCCCAUGGUCACUUUCCACCUGUACCCCGAGGCCCAGCUGCCGUCCCCUUACCAGGAAGAGCUGCCGCUGCUGCCGUUUCCCAGCGACCCUCUGAUGGUGGAGAACUACGGUGAGCCCUGCCCGUUCCCUUUCCCGAUGCCUCUCCCGGGCUACAGGAGGUGCGAGUACUCCUACUCCUACGGGCCGGCCUUCAUCAGGAAGAGGAACGAGCGGGAAAGGCAGCGCGUGAAGUGUGUCAACGAAGGCUACGCCCAGCUCCGACAUCAUCUGCCCGAGGAGUAUCUGGAGAAGCGACUCAGCAAAGUGGAAACUCUCCGAGCUGCGAUCAGAUACAUCAACUACCUGCAGUCCCUUCUGUAUCCUGAUAAAGCUGAGACCAAGAAUAACCCCGCCAAUGGCUCUUGCCUGGUGGCAGCCUCCAGCCGCCACGCUGACCCUAUUUUCAGAAUUGUUUGAGUCAGCAGUUCCCACAAAAGAAGUAAUCUCACACAAUGGGAUCCCUUGCAGCCUCGCUCAUUAUUUUUCCUAAAUAAUUCCUGUGUAGGUAAAUAACAGCUCCAGCACCGAACUAUACCGGAUAGUCCUCACCUGGCUUUCAGACAUACUAAAAUUCUUAAUAGAACCCAACAGUCAUUGCUCAUUCCUUUCCAGAGCUCUAGGGGGCAGGAGUCCCCAGAGUUUCCUGGGCCGGUCAU